AUGCCUCGAACACCUUCACCAUUGAGUAUUCCGUCGCCGGUCGAAGAGAUCCAGAUGGAAGAAACAAAGCCGCCCUCCGAGUCACCGCCGGACACGAUAGUAGCGAACACUGAUGCUCAAGACUUCGCCUCGCCCAAGAGUCCUACGGUCGCCUUCGCCAACGCACCUGAACUCGAAGAUGGCCGCCGUCACCACCACCGCGAGCCUCCUGAACACAGACUUACCGAGGUUUGCUCAAAUACAUACUCUACGGAAGAGGAGGAGCAACAGUUCAGUAUGCGGCCGCGAUCCAUGUCACACCACCUGUCUGCUCAGGACAUCCCGUCUAGACGCUGGCUGACGAUCAAGGCGAAGUGGUGGAGGGCCUUGGAGACGUUGGGCAUGUGUUUCCACAGCUGGGCCUGGCCUCGUCCUGCAAAGCCUGCCUUCAAAUGGGGCAUCGAGACGGAUACCAAUCCUAUUGAACUAUACUUCUACCUCCCCUCGGUACACAACGAGGUCCUCGAGCGGGAUCCCUCGCACCGUUUCCCCUGUGUUGUCAACUUCCAUGGUGGUGGGUUUUGUCUGGGCGAAGCAACAGAUGACAAGUAUUGGGCACGCGUUGUCCUACAGCAUACGAACUGCAUCUUCGUCAGCGUCAAUUAUCGACGUGCACCCGAGCAUCCCUUCCCUGGCCCCGUGGACGAUUGUGUCGAAGCCCUGCUGUUCGUGGCCGAACACGCCGAGGAACUCCAUAUUGACCAAACAAAUAUCGCUCUCUCGGGUUUCUCUGCAGGAGGUAACCUAGCCUUUACCUCAGCUCUUCGUCUCACGCACCACCGGAAGAUCAACGCCCUGGAAAAGACCAAAUCCCGGCCCCUGACUGCUCGCAGUACCGCUACCACUGAGACCACCGACACCUAUGGCUCCCAGAUGAACGAUAACGAUGAACAACCCCAUGAAUCACACGACUUCUUGACGCCUAUGCCUUCAGACUCCGCUCACUCCAGCUCCCACCUGAUUCGCCAAAAGUCAGGCUCCCCUCUGCAAAUACGCUCCAUUGUCGCGUGGUACCCAUUGCUUGACUGGACCAUGUCUCGAUCGCGUAAGAUACGUGAAUCACUGGACCCCAAGAGAUGUCUGUCCAAGACCUUCACUGACUUGUUCGACUUCUCCUACCUUCCCCCACCGGAUCUCCACGGUGACCACUGCAGUCCUUAUGCCUCUCCGUCCUUGGCACCCGACGAAAUGCUCCAGACUGGCCUACCGCGAGACAUCCAAAUGUGGCUAUGCGAGUGGGACAUGCUCCUCCGAGAAGGGCAACUCUUUGCCGAACGGCUGGAUAACCUGGGCAAACGAGUUGACAGCAAGAUGAUUCCUCAAGUGCCUCACGCCUGGGACAAGUCGCCGAACCCGUUCCGAGACCAGAAGGCUAUCGAUGCGCUGUACACCAAGGCAGCCAUGAAUUUGAACAGAGUUUUCCAGGAUAGGGAUGGUCUCGGACCAUUCAGUUCAAUGAGUUCACUUAAUCCCAACGAUCCAAUCAUCCAAAGACAGCCCAGAAGGAGCAUUGCCCUACCCUUGUGA